GUUUACAUCUUUAUUAAGUGUCGUUUGAUCGUUCACUACGGUUCAUUCGCUCGCGCGAGUCAGUGAAAUGUGUGCCGGUAUCCUCGUUGAAUAUGUCUAUCGUUAAUUUUUAGUUUCAUAUAUCGCACUCACCACCACUGUGCGCGAGUGUUUUCAAGACUCUCAUAGCUGUCAAUUUGUUUCACAAUCUUUCCAAAAGGGUUGUUCCAUCAUAACAGACGUAAUAAAAUGGCAUCGCUAAAGCUAUUAGUGGGUGGUGCAAGUGCCAUCGGUGCUAGUGUUCUUACUUCUUAUCUGUUAAUGACCGAUAAUACCGUACACGCAGAUGUACAGAAAUCACGACCACCGAAAAGACCUUUGCCAACCAGGGAAGAACAAGUGAAGGCGUUGAAGAAUCACGAAGAGUACGAUGUUCUUAUCGUUGGUGGUGGUGCGACUGGAGCUGGAUGUGCGUUAGAUGCAUGUACACGAGGUUUGAAGACGGCAUUAAUCGAGGCAGAUGAUUUUGCUUCUGGUACAUCCUCUAGGAGUACAAAGCUUAUUCAUGGAGGAGUCCGUUACUUACAGAAGGCUAUAUUGCAACUGGAUGUGGAACAGUACAAAAUGGUCAAAGAAGCUUUGCAUGAACGAGCGUCUAUGUUACACAGCGCACCUCAUUUGGCUCAUCCUCUGCCUAUCAUGUUGCCUGUUUACACGUGGUGGCAAAUUCCCUACUACUGGUUUGGUAUAAAAAUGUAUGAUCUUGUUGCUGGAGGCAAGACAGUCAGAUCAUCGUAUUUUCUCAGCAAGAGGGAUGCGCUAGAAUUGUUUCCCAUGCUGAAAGGAGAUAAACUCACAGGAGCUAUUGUUUACUACGAUGGUCAACAGGAUGAUGCCAGAAUGAAUUUGGCAGUUGCACUAACUGCCUCACGACAUGGUGCCACGGUCGUAAAUCAUGUUAAAGUUGUUAAUCUGUUGAAAGGUCUCGAUAAGGAUGGUAAUCGAGUCCUUACUGGAGCUCGAGUGAAAGAUGAACUAACGGGUGAACAAUGGGAUGUGAAGGCAAAGGCAAUAAUAAACGCAACGGGACCUUUCACUGACCAUAUCAGGAAAAUGGAUGACCAGAAUGUUAAAGAAAUUUGCUGUCCCUCUUCUGGUGUUCAUAUUGUUCUUCCAGGCUAUUACAGCCCCGAUCAGAUGGGUCUAUUGGAUCCAUCAACGAGUGACGGCCGAGUGAUCUUUUUCUUACCCUGGCAGAAACAAACGAUCGCAGGAACAACUGAUUUACCCUGCGAAAUAACGCAUAAUCCGCGACCCACUGAGGAUGAAAUCAUGUUCAUUUUACGUGAAGUGAAGAACUACCUCAAUCCGGACGUUGAAGUUCGUCGAGGAGAUGUCUUGUCUGCUUGGAGCGGAAUUAGACCUCUUGUCUCCGAUCCAAACAAACCAAAUACCCAGUCCCUGGCGAGAAAUCACAUUGUACAUGUCAGUCCCACGAAACUUAUCACGAUAGCUGGAGGAAAAUGGACAACGUACAGAGCGAUGGCUGAAGAAACCAUCGAUAUAGCUAUCAAGGCCUGCAAUUUAAAGCCUGAAAGACCCUGUCAAACAAAUGGUUUUCUCCUCGAGGGAGCUCAUGGUUGGAGUCCAACAAUGUACAUCAGAUUAGUACAAGAUUUUGGCUUGGAAUGUGAGGUUGCGCAACAUAUGGCUAAGAGUUAUGGAGACCGUGCAUUUGCUGUAGCAAAAAUGGCUUCCCUUACUGGUAAAAGGUGGCCAAUUAUAGGCAAAAAGAUUCAUCCUGAAUUCCCAUAUAUCGACGCUGAGAUUCGAUAUGGAGUUCGUGAAUACGCGAGAACAGCAAUUGAUAUGAUUGCAAGACGAUUGAGAUUAGCCUUCUUAAACGUCCAAGCAGCACAAGAAGCUCUUCCGGCCAUUAUCGACAUUAUGGCAGAAGAAUUACAUUGGACACCGGAGGAAAAGAAAAGACAGCAUAAAGAGGCUAGUGACUUCCUCGCUAAUGAAAUGGGACAAAUGGUUAAUCGCGCGUCUCGUGACAAAAUUCCUAUCAACCUCACGAAGGAAGAAAUUCAAUUGUAUAUUAAGCGUUUUGGAAUCAUCGAUAAAGACAACAAAGGCUAUGUUUCCAUUAACGACAUCAGACGAGGACUUAAGGUACUUGGCAUAAAACUGAAAGAAGAUGAGAUGCACACUUUGCUCAAUGAAAUUGAUCUCAAUUACAAUGGGCAAAUGGAGUUACAAGAUUAUCUGCAGUUGUUUGGUGACAAGGAAGUGCCUGGUGAAGAGCUUCAUGAAAUACUACGUGAAAUCGACACUAAUAUGAAUGGUCAGGUCGAGUUGGACGAAUAUCUUCAGAUGAUGUCGGCCAUUAAAUCUGGACACGUGGCAUAUUCACGUUUUGCAAGGAUGGCAGAGAUGGAAGAGGCGCAACACGAAAAAGAUAUGCUAAAGAAACAGAUCAGUGUAGAGAGAUCAGGCGGUGGACUGUAGGAGGUUCAUUUUCUGUGGCAUUGUACAAUUUUCUGCAUGCUUCUAAAAGCAAUUUACACGUUCAAAGCGCAGUUCUACGACGAAUUCAUUAUCACAGAAUCAUUGUUCACUCUGAACUUCAAUUGUAGCCCACUCUAGUACAAAUACUCUAGAAUUACUACUUUGUAGACCUAUUUAUCUUUUUUCGUACUUUAUACAACGACUUUCUACCUUCGUUGCAGUUAGCUUGCAAGCUCAAAAUGAACGAGAUGAAGAUAAGAGGGAAGAUUUUAAGCGCUUAAAUGUACAUUAAUUACGGCUGCGCUAAAUCUUAACUAUUUUAACGAUCAACUUCAGAAAAAGAACACGACCAUAACAAGAAUUUCAAUUUUAAUAUGUAAAUAUUUUUAUGUACAGUGUUUCAGUUUUCAUUAAGGAAUAGAACAGAUAUUUUCUAAUCUGUAUAUAAGUCUUUAAAUGCAUCAAUAUGAUUAAGAAACGUAUUUAUGACUAGGUAUAUCAUUGUAUACUGAGUUGGUACAAUUUUUAGAAAAUUAUAUACUUACACAAACGUCGAGCAUUUUAAAUGCCAUAAUCAUUGAACGUAUGCUUUCAUAAUUACAAAAGGUAGAUGUUACAGAAAUUAAAUUCUAGUUUAACGCAAUUAAAAAAUGCAGUUUGGUAUAAAGAAAUACAUGAUUUUAUUCUAAGUUUGUUACUUUCGACUCGCUGUAACAAAAUUGUUAAGUAUGUAUUGUGAAUAAUUCCCUGUUUAGGUACACAUUACAUGUGACAUAAUCAUACAUGCUAUUGGAUUGUAAGCUCGAUAUUAUUUUUAGAACUCUUGAAGAAGAAUUUAUUUAUAAAUUACGUUAAUUGCUAAUGUAUAUUAGUAAACAGUCUAUAUGUAGAUUAUCUGAUUACUUAAAUGUAACUACUUAUUUAAUUUAUUGUUACUAACAUCAUGCAAUUACGACAUAUGGUUGAUGUUAGAGAUUAAUUUAUUUCACUUGUCAUUACCAUUGACUUAAUAAUAAAAGCCAUAUUGGACUUA